AUGAAGAAGGAAUUAAAAGGAAAUAAAUUAAAAAAUUCUAAUAAUAAUAUAAAGGAAAAAAAGAAAAAAAAAAAAAAGAAAAAAUUCGUGAAUUUUAAUAGCAUAGAAGACAAAGGAUAUGAGGAAAAUAAAAAUAAAUUAAAUUAUAUACACCCUAAAUUAAAUACUAAUGAAUUAGAACUUUUAAGAAAAAAACAAGAUGUAUUAGAAUAUGAUAAGAAAACAGUAAAACAUAACUUCGAUAAGAUGAAUAAUUUUCAAAAUAACAGUUAUAUAUCAACUGAGAAAAAUAAAAAUAAAAAUUAUUACAUUUCAGAUAUAGAAGGUUCUAAAAAUAUAUAUGAAACAAAAAAUAAAAAAAUAAAUAAAAAUAAUAAAAAAGCAUAUUUACCAAAUUUUAAUUCUAAUUUAAAAAAUGUUAAUAAAGAUAAAAUCUCAAAUGAAAAUGUUACUUCUUUUAAACAAAGUAAUUACAGUUUAUUGAAAGACAACUACGAUAAAAAUGAAAAUUUGGUGUUAAAAAAGAAAAAUUUUAAAAAUAAAAACAACUUUAGUAAAAGAAAUUGUAAAAAUACUAGUUAUUUUUUAAAUUCUUCUAAUAAGUUAAAUUUAGCUUAUACUCAUAAAAUAUAUAAAAAUAAAUAUAAUACUUACUGUAAUAAUUAUGGUAAAAAUAAUAAAAAUUUAAAAAAUGAAAACACAAAUAUUUAUAAUAAAUUAAGUAACAAUUAUUUAGGUGAUAUAAAAAAAUAUAAAAAUAAUAAUAAUAUUGCUUAUUCAGGUAAUAAUUUGGUAAUUAAUAAUGAGAAUUGUAUAAGUAGCUUUGAUAAUAAAUAUAUUGAUAGUGAAAAUAAGAAAUUUGAUAUUGAUAAUAAAUUUUAUAUUGGUAGAAAUUACAACAGUGUUACUUAUAAUAAUAGUGAUUAUAACGAAAACAUUUAUAAUGUUAAUAAUCAUAAUUGUAGUAUGAAUAAUUUUAAUAAUAAAGAUAUGAAAAAUACUUUAAAUUAUUCUAAAAAUAUACUUAAUAAUGAAAAAAAUUUGAACGAAUUAAAAAAUGAAAAUAUUAAUAAAGAAAUUUUAAAUAAUUUAAAAAUAAAAAAAAAGUUAAAUAAAAUUAAAAAUAAUGAUCAUAAUUCAUUUUUAAAAUAUAUGGAAUCAAAAUUAAAUAUACUUUGCAAUAUAUUAAAAUAUAUAUUUUCUGUUAAUGAAAAUAAUUGUAUUCAUUUAAUAAAAUAUGUUAUACACAUAUUAAAAUAUAUUAAAAAAAACAUAGAUUCAUUAGAAGAUUCUAAUAUUAAUUUUAAUAUAUUUGUUAUCACGUUAAAUUUAUAUUCAUGCUUAUGCGUAAAAAUUUUUACGCAAAAUAAUAAACUAAAAAUUAUCACUAUAAAAUGUCUUGUAUUAAUAUUUGAAAUAUUGAUUAAGUUGAAAAAAAACUCCUUUAAUCUUUCUUAUGUACUUUUUUUGUACAUAAAUUAUUUAAAGAAUAAUAAAAACGGAAUUGAUAUAAUAAAAAAAAGAAAAAAUAUGAAGAAUAAGGUUGUAAAUAACGAUGAGAAAACGUAUGUAAAAUUAUUAAAUUCCUUUUUAAAUAUAUUUUCAUAUUGUUCUGAAAGUCAAAGUAAUUUAGUUAGGAUGGAAUCAUUAAAAUCUUUUUGUUAUAUUUUAAAUAUGUUAUAUGAACAUAAAACGAAAGGAAGAAGAGAAAUUGAAAAUUCUGAUAAAUAUUUUAUGUUUAGUAAAAAUUUAAUUAUAGAUUGCUUGCUUGCAAAAAAAGGAAACUUUCUGAAGGCAUUCACAAGUAGCAAAAUGAUUUUUUUGCAAAAGUAUAAUUUAAAUUUUUUUGAUAAUAGUCAUAUUUCUAGUUGUUACAGAGAGAGUAAUGAGAGAGUAGAAAAAGAAAUAAGUGUGUUAAGUGAUUAUUCUAAUAUAUUUUAUUCCAACAUGAGUAAAAACUAUAUAAAAAAAAAAGAAAAUAUCAAUUCAUGUAAAUCAAAAAUUACAGUAAGCGAACAAGCAUACAAAAAUAAAAAUGUGUGCAUAAAUUUAACAAACAGUAAAAAAAUUGAUGAAGGUUAUUCCAAUGAAAAUAUAAAGGAAGAAGAUAUUAUAUCAAAUGAAGAAAUAAAUAAAAUGGUUGAUAAACAUUUAGAAAAAAAUAAUAAAACAAGGAGCUUAAUUUUAUUAACGAAUUUUGAAAUAGUUUUUAAUAGUGAACCAAAUAGUGGAUGGUUAACUAAUAAAAUAGAUGAUGAAGAUGAAAAUAUUUUACUUUUUGUAUUUAAAAUUUUUGAUCUUUUUAUAGAUAUCUAUAAUGAUAAAGAAAUUUACGAAAUAAUACUAAAAAGUAUUGUUUUUUUUUUAAAUCAUGUUAAUAUUGAUAUUUUUAGUUAUGUAACAUAUUUAAUUAUAAAAAUUUCUAAUAUUAUACCAAUAAAUAAAAGUUUUUUUAAUAAAUAUAUUUCAGUACUCUUAAAAAAUUUAAAUAAAGACAGACGUAAACAUAUUUUUAUUAUGUUAUCUCAUUGUAAGUAUGAAAAAAAUGGAAUUCUUGUAUUAUUAAAUAUAUUAAGCAAUUUAUGUUUAUACAAUUUUAAUUUUAAAACGAAUACUCAUUUAAUUAACUAUGAACAUAUUGAAAAUAAUGUGUUAACAAAUAAUACAGAUAAUGAAUAUAUUUACACAUUUUUGAAUACCAAAAAUAAAAAUUUUAUUAAUGAAUCACAAGUUAAUAAUGAUACAGAUAUGAAUGAAGCUUACAUAAUGGAGAAUAUAAUUUAUAAUAAUGAGGAAUGGUAUUAUAUACAUUCUAUAUUAAUUAUGUUGUCAUUUAAUUACUCUAACUUAAUAUAUAACUUUUUCUUUAAUAAAUUACGAAAAAAUUUUAUACAAAAUUGUAAUCAAUUUUCUCCUUAUUUUAAUUUAUUUGAAUGGACUUAUAAAUUCUGUUAUUUUAUUUCAAAGAAUUCUUUUGAUACAAGUUUUAAAAAAAAAAUUAUUACAAAUCAGAAAAAUUUUAAUAUUUUAGAUGACUUUAAUAACUCUACCACGAACUAUAUAUCUAACAACAACAGCAAUUAUAAUAAUAAUAGCAAUGAUAAUGUAAAUAGUAAUUAUAAUAAUGAUAAUGAAAAUAAUAAUAAUAAUAAUGAUAAUGAUAAUGUAAAUAAUAAUAAUGAUAAUGAUAAUGAAAAUAAUAAUAAUAACCAUGAUAAUGAAAAUAGUAAUUAUAAUAUUGAUAAUGAUAAUAAUAAUGAAAAUUAUAAUAAUAGUAGCAAUGAUAAUAAUAAUGACAGCACUACUAUUACUAUUACUAAUAACACUAGGAAUGAAAAUAAUAGUAAUAAUAAUAAUACUACUACUAUUACUACUACUAAUAAUAAUAAUAAUAGUAAUGAUAAUAAUAAUAAUGAUAAUAAUAAUAAUGAUAAUAAAAAUGAAAAUAAUAAAAGUUUAUAUAAAGAAGAAAUAUCAUUAGAAUUAUUAUCGUAUCAAUCAUAUGCAUUUUUGGAGUAUCCUCAUUGUAUUAAAUUAAAUUUAACUUAUAAAGAGAGCAGCUUUUGUUUUUUGUACAUAAUUUUUUUGUUGAACUUUUUCUUCAAUAAAAAAAUUAGUUUUUUUGGAGAUAAUUGCUUUUUUUUUAAAAGAGACAUAUGGCAAUUAUUCCAUGAGCAUGCAAAUAUAAAAACCAGUAAUUUUUUAGACUAUUUAGCUUUAUUGAAAAAUUUGAAUUUUUAUUAUGUAAAUAAUAAUAAAGAUUUAGCAGUAUUACUUGAUCAUAUGAAUAAUAUGUUUAUCUGUAAUUUUAAAAAUAAAAAGGAACACACAUAUUAUAGCAAUGAAAUUUCAGAAGAUAAAAUGAAGAUAAUAACAGAAGAAAAUUUUAAAAACAUAAAAAAUAAAGAAGAAGAAGUAUAUGCAGAGAAAAAUAAAUUGAAAUUAGUAGAAAAUAACAGAUUAUACCAACACAUAGAUAGCUAUAUAUUAAAUGAUCACCUUAAUAGUAACGAAAAAAUAAGAAAUUCUUCAUUUAAUCAUAAUUAUAAAAGUACAUGUAACAAUAACAAUUUUCAUAAUUCACUACCCUUUUCUGAAAAUAAUUUGCAUUUAAUAAAUAUAAAGAAGAAUAAGGGUGAAGAAGAAAAAAAAAAGUUAGAAACUGAAAUAAUAAAAAAAAGAAAAUUAAAAGAAAAAAAAAAAGAAGAUGAAACAAAUAAAGAAAAAGAAACAAAAUCAAACGAAAAAGAAAAAGAAACAAAAUCAAAUGAAAAAGAAAAGAAAAACCUAUAUUUUAGACAGUCAUAUAUGAAAUAUUCAGAGAAUUUAGUUGACAUAAUCAAUGAAAAUAUUGUCAGUAAAGUUUUAUUUUUAACUUAUUUAAGAGAUAAUAUUAGAACUAGGCAUUCUUUAUGUUACGAAUCCUUUUUACGAAAAUUAAUAAUUGAUUUAAUUUCAGUCCAAUUAAUACACAAACAUAAUUUUUUUAACACUUUUUAUAAACAUUUAAAAAAUAAUGUUUUACCGGAAAACUUUUUAAUAAAUAACUUUAAAAGAAAAGAAGAUUGCAUAAUCGAUUUAAAUUCUUAUAAAUUUGAGUCUAUAUGUAUGAAUAAUAAGGACAAAAGCUUUUGUGAUAUGGUAGAUUUAUCUGACAUUAGUUAUUUUAGCAAAAGUAAUGAUAUUAAAACAUUAAAAAAUACUAAUGAAAAUCUUGAAUUAAAUAAAAUAAAUAAGAGAAAUAAAACGAAAAGAGAAAAUUAUAUAAAUUCAAAUGGAAUUUGCAAUUUAAAUAAUGAAACAAAAUAUUUUAUAUUUGAAGGGAAUAAAAGAAAAAUUAACAGAAAAAAUACGAAUAAUGAAUUAAUAGAUGAAGAUAAAAAUAAUGUAAGAUUUAUGCAAAGUGUAAAUAGAAAAUCUAAAGAUGAAUAUCUUUUGAACAAAAAUGUAAACUUUAAAUUUUUGAAGUCUAAAAUAAAAAUAAUGAAUAAUGAAGAGAAGAUUAGAAAUAGGGAAAAAAUAGACUUAAAAAAUAAAUUUCAAGAAUAUUUUUAUCAUAAAAAACUAAUUAAUUUAAACCACAAAAUAAAUAAAAACCUUAUUAAAAUUUUUUACUUAUUCAAUAUGAAUUAUUUUUACUCAGUAGAUAUAUCAUAUAUAUUUAACUAUAUAAUAAACAGAAUUUAUGAUGAAAAUAACUUUUUAUAUAAUGUUUUAAUAAAUCAUCUUGAUUUUUUUUCAAAUUAUGAAAGUGAAUUAUAUAAUUUGAAGAAUGAAGAGAUAAAUUUAUUUAAUGAUUUAUUAAACAAUCGAAAGAAAAUAAACCACUUUGAAAUUUUAAAAGAAAGGGGAAAUUUAAAACAUUUAUUAAUUGGAUUAGAUUGUAUUUUUAAAGAGACAAAUUUAAAUAAUGAUUUAUAUUCAUUAAAUGUUGUGAUAAAUAAUAUAUUAAAAAGAAUUAUAAAUCACAUAAAAAAUGAGGACUACAUAAAUUAUAAUAAUUGCAUAAAAUUUCCAUUUUUGUUGUUAUCCUUUUUUGAUGUAAAAAUAAAAUUAUUUUUUGAAAUAGAAUCUUAUCAAUCAUAUGAAUAUGAGAAAGAUUUUAAAAAAAUUCUACAAUUUUUUCCUUAUCAUAUAAAUGAUUUCUUUAGCAACUUAUAUUUAUGUAUUGAAUAUGAAGAAGUAUUCAUUAUAAAUAAUAUAGAAAGAAAGAAAAGAAAUUUAAUUCAACCAUAUAAUAAUGAAGUAAAUAUCAAAAAAAAACUACAUUCAUAUAAUAAUAAUUUAUUAACUUAUAAUUUCAUGGUUGAAAAUAUAUUAUCAGAAGAUUAUUCUUUGAAACAUUUAAAAAGUUUGAAUAAAAAUAAUAAAAAAGAUAUCAAGAAUUCUUUAUUUGCAAAAAGAAAAAAGUUAAAAGUGAUUAAUCAAAGUAUGAAUAAUGAUUCAGAUUUUAAUUUAGAUGAAAAGUAUUUAAAAAUAAAUUGUAUUGAAAAAAAGAAAGAAGAAACAAAUAUUUAUAAAAAAAUAAAUAAAUCUAAUUUUCACAAAAUAGAUAUUAAAGAAUGGAAUAUAAAAAACUGUACACUAAAUAAUGUAACGAGUAAAUUUUCAGAUAAUUAUAGAAAUAUUUUAUAUUUAGAAUUUAAAAAAAACAUUGAAGUUAAUUUUGAUUACUAUUCUACCUUACCCAUUAAAUGCAAAAUUAAUUUUUGUUAUUAUAACUUUAAAAAUAAAUUAUAUUAUCCAAUUCCGUUAGCACGAGCUAAGAAUAUAUAUAUCCACCCUUUACCAACAAUAAUAAGAGAAUAG